AAUGAAAGAAGGAGAAAAGGGUGUUAUGUUAUCCGAAGCAGGGUGGAUUGAAAAGCACGAACAGGAGCGAUGGCCGCGGCAACGUUGUACUUGGCAAAACCGCCUUCGUCUUUUACUCCCAAAAUUCCGUUUCCAAGAGUGAGGGACAGUGGAAUUGGAACUGUAAAGUGUCAAGUUAAAACCAAAGUGAAAGCGGGUAUCCUGGGACUGGGUCUGGGUCUGUUCCACUUCCUUAACUUCGUCGAACCCGGUUCAUGUCUCCAACUGCAAUUCCACGAACCCCCCAAUGCCCUCUCUUUGCCCACAUGGGCCAUUCACGUGUCCAGUGUCGCUGAAUGGAUUAUAGCUAUGGCUUUGGUGUGGCAAUACGGAGAAAAAUCUGGAUACCCAGCUUGGAAGGGCCUUUCUUGGGGAAUGGUACCUCUACUUGGUGGAGCUUUUUGUGCGUGCACAUGGCAUUUCUUUUAUAACUCUGAGUCCCUCGAGGUAUUGGUGGCUCUUCAAGCGGCACUGACUGUUAUAGGUAAUGCCACAAUGUGCAUAGCUGCAUAUCGGAUUUACAAAUCAUCCCAAGGCUCCUAGAACUUUUGAAUUGCAUGAAAAUGAGAAUCUGGAAGCAUGUAUAUAGGCCUCAAUGAAAAUCAAAGGCUUUUGCUGAUUGGUAAAUUAUCCUUCAUGGGCUGCAUGAAUGUGAAAAGUGUCUGCUGACAUACCAAAAUAUUUUAGUGACGAAGAUGGAAUCCAUGUGUCCUGAAUUCAGUCUCUAAUGUUUCCCAUUGUCUUCUAUUUUCUGUGACAGGAUAAACAUGCUAGCAGGUGCUCAUUCUUUCUGAAUUUUAUGCACAGUAGGUUCAUUGAUUUUAUGUAAGGUAGCUUUAAGUGUAUGGUCUGUACUAAAGAGCACAUAUUUAUUGUGUAAAUUUUUAACAAUAGGAAGAGGUAAGUAUAUCUGGUUGUACAUAGUGGGAUGAUUUCAAACAUUUUAUGUUGUCUACAUUCCGGUUAAAAGCAAUAGUUUAAUUUCUGUUUGAAUAA